UUCAACCUUCCACCUCGCAGCCAAGGGUUUACAAUUGCGAAUUCUUAUUUGCUUCUUCUUCUUCGCUUUCUUUUAUAUUCCGAUACCAUAUUCAAGGCCAAACCUUGAGCCUGUCAGCGUGUACCGUUUUAUUCCUUUCGUUACUUUUCCUUCUCAAACUUCGCUUCCCUUCAACUCCUCUCUCUCUCACGAUACAAUGGCCGAUGCUAAGAUCCAAUUGGAAUCUAUAAGAAAAUGGGUCGUCGAGCACAAGCUUCGUACUGUUGGGUGUCUGUGGCUUAGCGGUAUUACGGGUUCAAUUGCGUACAAUUGGUCUCGACCUAACAUGAAAACCAGUGUUAAGAUCAUUCACGCAAGGUUGCAUGCACAGGCUCUUACACUGGGAGCAUUAGCCGGAGCUGCACUUGUAGAAUAUUAUGAUCAUAAGACAGGAGCGAAGGCUGCGUAAGGAAUUCUGGGCAAUAAAUAUAUCGUGACCAGAGUUCACUUAAUUCUUUAUACUUGGGGGAUCUUAGUUCUAAUCAUAUCUCAUAUGAUAAUUGCAAAUUUUGCAUACUGUGAUCCAUUCAUUAUCGAAGUUUUUACAUGCUUGCGGCAGAGUGAAUAUAAUUUCUUCCUUGCUGGGAUGGAUUAAUUAGUAUUAGGUGCUUCAUACAUUUGCUAGCAUUUCAUGUCAAGUCUUUGUUAUCGUGAAUAAGAGACAAGCCCCUUGGCUGCAGCAAGAUGAGACAAAGAUGUUAUAUUAGUUGUAAACCUU